AUGGGAGCGGAUCCAGAGCAUGCCGACCUCGCCGCCGUCGUCCUCGUGCCGUUCCCGGCGCAGGGCCACGUCACGCCGAUGCUCCACCUGGCGCGCGCCCUCGCCGCGCGCGGCGUUGCGUCAACCGUCGCCGUACCCGACUUCGUCCACCGCCGCAUGGGAAGCUGUGCCGACGUCGCCAGCGGCGGCGUGGGGCUUGCGUCGAUCCCCAGCGGCAUCUUUGACGACGGCGGCGAGCCCCCGGGCUUCGCCAGCAUCGCGCACGCGAUGGAGCACCACAUGCCGGCGCACCUGGAGCGGAUGCUGACGCGGGGGCACGCCGCGUGCGUCGUCGUUGACGUGCUCGCGUCGUGGGCCAUCCCGGUCGCCUCCCGGUGCGGCGUGCCGGCCGUGGGUUUCUGGCCGGCGAUGCUGGCGAGCUUUCGCGUCGUGGCUGCCAUCCCGGAGCUUCUUCGACAGCGGUUCAUCUCAGAUUCAGGCAUUCCCAUUUUGACAGAUGGGUUCGACAAAGAUCAAGAAAACGCAGACCUGCGGACGGCCAACAACCUGCACAUAUUACCCGAAGAAUUGCAACUUGGCACCAAAGAGCUGCUGCCAUGGCUCGUCGGCUGCACAGCAUCGCAAGAAAAAAGAUUUGCCUUCUGGCUCCAGAUCUUACAGCGCACGAGGAGCCUCCGCUGCCUCCUCGUCAACUCCUUCCCCAGCGAAGCCGCCGACGAAGACUCCGACCAGCUCCACGCGUCACAGGGCCUGCAAAUCCUCCAUGUUGGGCCACUGUCUAUACACGGAUUACUUGAGAAAGUUGAGAAUUCACCGAAGUUGCCAGGAAAGAACCCUAGCAUGUGGCAGGCAGAUGGAUCUUGCAUGGACUGGCUGGACCAGCAGCGUCCAGGAUCGGUAAUCUACGUUUCCUUUGGGAGUUGGGUCGCGCCGAUCGGGUCGGACGAGAUCAGCGAGCUCGCGCUUGGCCUCGAGGCAACUGGGCGGCCAUUCCUGUGGGUUCUGAAGAACGACCCGUCGUGGCGAGCCGGCCUCCCCGCCGGGUACCUGGAGACGGUGACCGGCCGUGGGAAGGUCGUCGCCUGGGCGCCGCAGGGAGGCGUCCUCGCGCACGAGGCCGUCGGGUGCUACCUCACGCACUGCGGCUGGAACUCCACGCUCGAGGCCAUACAGCACGGGGUGCGUCUCCUGUGCUACCCCGUGUCCGGCGACCAGUUCAUCAACUCUGCCUUCAUCGUUAAGAUGUGGGAGACAGGGAUCAGGUUGCGGAGCACUAGACGAUGCGACGUGAAAGACGGCAUCGGGAGAAUCAUGGAAGGAGAUGAUGGUAGACGACUGCAGCAGAAGAUGUAUGAGUUGAGGGAAAGGGUUAUGGCGGGUGAGGCAAGGUUUGUAGCGAAGAGGAACCUCGAGGCCUUUGUGGACGGAAUUAAGAGAGAUGAUCUUCCGUUUCAUCAACUUGCCGCCAAGGUUUAUACUCCUCCCUCCCAAAUUGUAGUGCCGGCUUGACUUUUUUCUGGUCAACAAUGUACAUCUUUAAUUGUGAUUUUCAAUUAUAGCAUGUAUAUGUGUAUGUGUACAAAAGUAAAGAUAUAUGAAAUG